GCUAGAGGCUGAAAACGCUCGGCCAGAGGAGCUGGAGGUUAAAAACGCCUUGCUAAGGAGGCUGGAGGUAGAAAACGCCCAGCUGAAGGCUGAAAACAACUGUCUGGAGGAGCUGAAGGCUGACAACUACAGGCUGGUGGGGAUGGAGAUAGAAAGCACCUGUUUGAAGGCUGUAAACACACGGCUGAAGGCUGAAAACGCCCAGCUGAAGGGGGUGGAGAUAAAAAACGCCUGUCUGGAGAAAUCAGAGGCUGAAAAUGCCCAGCUGAAGGAAGAAAUCGCCCAGCUGAAGGCUGAAAACAACCGUCUUGAGGAAUCAGGGGCUGGAAAGUACAUGCUGAUGGGAAUGGAGAUAGAAAGCAACUGGUUGAAGGCUGAAAACACACGGCUGAAGGCUGAAAACAACCGUCUAGAGGAAUCAGAGGCUGAAAAUGCCCAGCUGAAGGUAGAAAACGCCCAACUGAAGGAGCUGGAGGUAGAAAACGCCCAACUGAAGGCUGAAAACAACCGUCUGGAGGAGCUGGAGGCUGAAAAUGACCAUCUGAAGGGUCUGGAGGAACAGGCCUUGAAGACCGACAGCUACAAGGGCAGGGCCAAGAAGGAGAAAAAGGAGAAGAAAGAAAGGAAGAAGAGAGAUGAGGAGGAGAAGAAAAAGAGAGAUAAGGAGGAGAAGAUAGAAAGGAAGAAGAGAGAUAAGGAGGAGAAGAUAGAAAAGAAGAAGAUAGAGAAGGAGAGCAAGGGGACGAUGAGCAGGAGGUUCCGCAUUUUUCUCGCCAAAUGCUGUAACUUCUGCUAA